AUGACAACGGGAACUGACGUCGAGGCUCGGAACACCCGCAACACUGUCGUUGCGGCCUCGAAACAGCCAUACAUAUGUCGGUCAUGUCUAUACCGAGCUAAAAUCCUUCCAUUGGGGGGUGUGCACUCCCCCGUCACGAUCAUGGCACGAUCCAUCCAAACCGAGAAAUCGUCUCAAGAUGGUACCUCUUUUCGCAAGCUUUUGAAAGACGCCGCAAAACAACAGAAGAAAGAAAAAGGCGCCUCUUCAGACUCCUCUAAGAAAGCCAGCAAUGCACGCUUGGAGAAGUGGGAAUUGACUGUCGGCAUUGAGGUGCACGCCGAACUCAACACUGCACGGAAACUUUUCUCGGGUGCUGCCACAUCUGUUGGCGACCCCCCGAAUACCCACGUUGCUCUAUUUGAUGUCGCAUUUCCAGGAACGCAGCCUCAAUUCCAGAAGGAAACCCUUCUGCCCGCCUUGCGCGCGGCCAUAGCCUUCCAAUGCGAGAUACAGACCAAGAGUAGCUUCGACCGUAAACACUACUUCUACCAGGACCAGCCGUCUGGGUAUCAGAUUACACAGUACUACGAGCCCUUUGCAAAGAACGGCAAAGUCACAAUCUACCCUCAUGACUUUCCUCCUGGCGCAGCCCCGCAGUCAGAGCCUUUCGACAUUGGGAUCAAGCAGAUACAAAUGGAGCAGGACACGGCCAAAACUGUGCAGCAGCCACCUUCGACCUAUCUGCUCGACUUCAACCGUGUCUCGCAUCCCCUGAUUGAAAUCAUCACGCUCCCCGAAAUCCAUGAUCCCGUGGUGGCCGCCGUUGUUGUCCGCAAGAUUCAAAACACACUCAAAACUGUCAAUGCUUGUACUACCGGUAUGGAGCUCGGUGGUCUACGUGCUGAUGUCAAUGUUUCUGUUCGUCAGCGUCAUGGGGAACCAUCGGAAUCUGGCCAUUCAUACUCUGGUGUUACUGGCUUGGGCCAACGGACCGAGAUCAAGAACCUAGCAAGUGUCAAGGCUGUUGAAGAUGCCAUCAUUGCAGAGCGUGACCGUCAAAUUGAACUGCUAGAGAGUGGGGGUGUGGUUGAAGGCGAGACCCGGGGGUGGACUCUGGGAAGCAAGACAACAAAGCGGUUGAGAGGCAAGGAGGGUGAAAUUGAUUACCGGUACAUGCCAGAUCCCGACAUUGCACCCAUAAUCAUAGGAGAUGAUCUCGUCCAAUACCUCAGGGAUACUUUGCCAAAGCUGCCCGAUGUCAAUGUUGACACGCUUGUGCAAAACUAUGGUCUGACCACGAAGGAUGCCAUCACGCUUCUCUCAUUCGGUGAUGGCGAACGUCUAGAGUACUUUUUGGACGUGGUCGCCGAGUUGGUGCGCCAAGCCAAUGAACGGCAAGAGGAUAUUACAUCGCAAGCUCUGGGUAAGAUCGCAGGAAAUUGGGUUCUUAUGGAGCUUGGCUCUCUGUUCAAAGAUGAGGCCUGGGAUCCUGAGCGUAUCUCGUACAAGGAUCUUGCGGAAAUCAUUUCAUAUGUGCGCCGCAAAGAGAUUACUUCGCCGUCAGCUAAGCGUCUGCUUGCCAUCAAGUUCGAAGGUGACCCACGCAGCAUCCAAGACAUUGUCCAUCAGGAAAACCUACUCUUACAGCCGUUGAGUCAAGAAGAGUAUGUCAAACUGGCAAAGACGCUGUUGGAGGAGAACCCCAAAAUGGUCAAGGACAUCAUCGAGAAGGGCCAAGUGAAAAAGACGAUGUGGUUUGUGGGUCAAAUGGUGGCGCGGGCUCCGGAUGGAAGUGUCGAGCCAGGAAAAGCAAAGAUAGUGUUGCAGCAGUUACUGGGUCUGAAAGACAAAGAGGAGUAG